UAUAAAAAGCUGCCCACUACGGGCUCUGCCUUCCCCGAUACCUUCUCCCCCCAACUUUUCCUUCCCUUCCCUUCCCUUCCCUUCCCCGCACGACGACUGACGACGACCACCCCCCAACCCCACGCCGGGAAGCCGCACCAAAUCUCAUCCCCUCCCCUCUAGGGCGGCUGUAAAAAUCUGGUGGUGGUGGAAGUUCGUGCCUCGGCGUGGCCCCCGUGCUCCGAUUCCUGAUCACCCGCGCGCACUCUAUGAGCGCGGGGCGCGCGGAUUGGGGCUCCGGCUGCUCGGGCGCGCGCGCGGGGUGUCCGUGUUAAUGCCUCGGCUCUCCUGCAAGUUCGCGGACCCCGACAGUGUCGUUUCCUCCUCCGCGGCUGCUGCUGCUGCUGCUGCGGCGCGCCGCGUGCGGCCAGACACGAUGAGCUGCGGCAGCGACGGGUGCCGGGAUGGCGGCAGCAGUGGCAGCGACGACUUCAGGCGGCCGCGGCCCAGCAAGGUCGCGGCUGAUGAUUCGGUGGCGCCGGCGCGGUGCUCGGAUGCGGCGGCGCCGGCUCGGAGCUCGGAUGCCACGGCGCGGGCGUCCUGGAUCGACAGGAAGCUGCUUGUUGAUCCCAAGAUGCUGUUCGUUGGGGACAAGAUUGGGGAGGGAGCUCAUGGGAAGGUCUACAAGGGAAAGUAUGGUGAUCAAAUUGUAGCAAUAAAGGUUCUUAACCGUGGCAGCACUCCAGAAGAGAAAGCAACACUUGAAGCCCGUUUCAUUCGAGAAGUAAAUAUGAUGUGCAAAGUGAAACAUGAGAAUCUUGUCAAGUUCAUUGGAGCCUGUAAGGAACCAUUGAUGGUGAUUGUUAGCGAGCUACUACCUGGGAUGUCACUGAAAAAUUACCUGAACAGCAUUCGACCUAGCCAACUAGAUACACAUACUGCAAUAAGCUAUGCACUAGACAUAGCUCAUGCAAUGGACUGUUUACAUGCCAAUGGCAUAAUACACAGAGACCUGAAACCUGAUAAUUUGUUGCUUACAGCAAACCGUAAGAAGCUGAAACUUACUGACUUUGGACUUGCACGAGAAGAAACUGUGACUGAAAUGAUGACGGCUGAAACUGGGACUUACCGAUGGAUGGCCCCAGAGCUGUACAGCACAGUCACACUUCGACGUGGUGAGAAAAAGCAUUACACAAAUAAAGUGGAUGUGUACAGCUUUGGCAUUGUUUUGUGGGAGUUGUUGACCAAUAGAAUGCCAUUCGAAGGCAUGUCAAAUCUACAAGCUGCAUAUGCUGCUGCUUUUCAGCAAAAGCGCCCACCACUUCCUGAGGAGACACCCCAGGAGCUUGUGUUCAUAGUACAGUCAUGCUGGGUUGAGGAUCCUAGCAUGCGACCCAGUUUCAGCCAGAUCAUCCGGAUGCUUGAAACUUUCCUCAUGACAAUACCUCCUCCGCCAUCUUUGGAACCAAACGAAGAUGAGGAAUCAGAAGAAACAAGGUCAUCACUGAGCAGUAGGAGCUCCUCUGGCUCCUCGCUCGUUUCGCGUGCGACAAGCAAGCUCUCGGUCGUCCGCCAUCUCUUCGCCUCAAAGAAGGCAGGCAAUGGGAAGGCGUGAUGCGUCUCAGGCGCCCUGAGAUGUUUUCCUUUGGUGCUGUAAAGAUGCUAGCCUAGGUCAUGCGUAAUACAAGAGGGAUCUUGUUAAGUGUAGAGUGGCUGCUGUAUUGAUGGUACAAAGGAAAGUUGAAAGCGCAACUUUUGCAAGCUAUUUAUAGCUCGCAGCUGCUUUACUGUAACCUGUCCAUGCUUGUAUUCGAGCAAUCUUCUCUUCACUGCA